GCAGGUUUGUCCAGUUGUUAUUAUUACGAGGCCGUGGAGGGGAAGCGCAUCGCCUUAUUUUGGAGAUCACGCUUCCAGGAGUCCAUCAAACUCCCAAAGUUGAUGCAAGUAAGCGACUUAAGUAGUCUCCCCCAUCCCCAGACUUGACUUUCUGGGCGCAACUCUGAACCAUCUGCAGUUCCUCAGUUUUAUUCAAAACAUAAUCACCAGCCUUUAUUGGCGGCCAUGGCACAAGGGAAAUUAUAGCUGUGAGUCUGCCAAAGAGCUUGAGCGUGCAGUCAUAAUUCCUGAUCACGUCAAGAAACUGACUGUAUUUGCAUAAUGCAGAGCACGUUGAAAAGCAAUCACUGGACCCACAAUUUAGUUUAAUCAAAGUAAUUCCCACUAACACCUUUUUAUGCUAUUGGAAUGGACAGGUGGUUUCAUCAUCUUAGUCAUAACCUCUCCCAAAAGACCGUCUCUGCGUUCAUAUUCCCUGGUGGAAGGGCGAAUCAUGUGCACGAUUCCAAUCAUGGUUCUAGAACUUUCUGAUCUCAUAACUCAGGGCGCGUUAUCAGAAUUCCAUGACUCAGUCAUCAGCAGCGCGUCCAGAAACCUGCUAGACUUCUGCAGAAUGUCAACAUGUUCCGAUAGCAUCAUGAAGGAAGUGACGGGAGCAUGAAGAGGAAGAAGACGUCUCUGCCGCUGCUGCUACGCAACAAUCAGAAGGAGGGCGGAGCCAAUAAUAACCACCCACCCAGCAAUACCCAAUACCACCACCACCACCAGGGGGCCCCGUCGCGCAGCAACAAGCGCGUACCGUCCGCGCUGCCCCGCAUCCUGCGGUCGGCAAGGCGGGAUAAGGAUCGGGAUCGGGAUCGGGAUCGCGGCGCCAUCAUCGAGACCUCCGCGUCCGGCUCCGUCGCCACCCAGGGCCACCACCACCACCACCACCCUUGUGGCCCCCCCAACGCAGCGCACCUCAAGCUGCCCCACAUGCCCCCCCCCACCACCUCCUCCCCCUGGGGGGUCCCCUCCAGGAGGACCAGGAGACAUGCCGGGGGGGGUGCAGGGAGCAGCGCCCGCAAGACUCAUGGUCACGCAGAGACAUACGGUCACGGCCACACACACGGUUACGGGCGCACACAUGGUCACAGCCAGGCCCACGGUCACAGCCACACCCAGAGCUCCACCCAGCGGACCACCAGUUACACCCCCAUCCCCAGCUCCAGCUCCACCCCCCACCUGCCGGGCCUCUCCCCCCAGACCAGCCUCCUCAUGGGGGGACGGCCCUCCUCUGUGGACAGCUGCAGCGGCAGCAGCCUGGAGUGAUGGAUCAACCGCUCGACUGAGGAUCUGCGUUUGCGCAGGUGUUGGAGGCCCUAGGCUAAACUAGAUAGGAGGCCCCCCUCAUAAUUCAAUAAUGAUUAUAAUUCAUGAUAAACUACUUGCUAAUAAAUAAAUAUAUGUUUUGUAAUGUAA